AAAAAAAAAAGGACAAAUCAAGACAAGAUGGUGUUCCUGAACCGCCUGGCGCAGCUCCUCUGCUUCUCGUUGGUUGCAUCCUCUGCAGUUGCUGCUCCUGCUCCUGCUCAGCUCGACCGCAGCGCCAUCUCCCGGACCGAAGUUCACGAACUCGUAAAGAACAUCGACAUUGAAUCCAUCCAGGCCCUGUUCGAUAAGCUUAACACUGCCCGCGGUGAAGCUCUCGAGAACCGAGUGAACUUUCGCAAGAGAAGCAAUUCUCCCGAGCCUUCGACUACCGUGACCGAGAGCACAACCUCGUCUGCAACCACGACUUCCGAUACCUCUUCCAGCACGGAGACCACAACCUCUUCGGACUCGACGACAACUACUACUGCUGCGACUGCUACUGCGACUACUACUACUACUACUACUACUACUACUACUGCCACCACCACCACCACUACGCAGGAAACAACGACAACUACGACUACUACUGAAACUACUGAAACUCCCACGACGACGACUACCACGACAAGUGAAACAACCACUACCGAUUCUCAAACCACUUCUUCUACUUCCACAGACACCACAACUGCAUCGAGCACCACUACAACUUCAACAACCACCACCACCACCACCUCUGAGCCUACCACUACAUCCACCACGACCACUUCGGACGUGACCUCUACGUACACCAGCACAUCUACUCGCGCCGACGGUGAGGUCGUCACAGUCACAGCCAUCACCAUCGUUCAUCCCACCGAGACGUCUUCGAAAUCCACAACAACUAGCCGUGCACCAGGAUUACAGACCAAUGCCGCUUCCUCCUCCAACAGCUUCGCCAAAGAAAUCUUCGCCAUGGUGGGCGGCGCUGCUAUUGCCGUUGCAGUAAUCUAAUCAACGCUUCAGAACCGCACUACUACCUGCAACUGAAAACCUUGUACUUUCAUCUCUUCUCGCACUCUCGAGUCGAAUUCUACAUCACUCCUUCACGAUACCAACAGUUCACUCAUUUCUUGCAUUCAACCCCCACCUACAACAUUCCUUUGCAUUACCGGCGUUUUAUCCUUUCUCCAUCAAAUGAAACAACAUACGAUACUUAUACCCACCCGAUACGGUCCUUCGCAUACAUACUACAUACAUACAUACAUACAUAGACUUGCGCGCAGUGUUUCUAAUUUCAUCUCUCCUUUUAUCUCCCUAUCCAUGCACAUACGUGCAUAUGCUUUUGAUUUUUUUCCAAUCUGGCGGCCUUGUCUUUGAGUCUGCAGUUUACAUCCCAGUUCUGAUGAUGAGCUUGGUGAAAGUUGAAGGUUGUCGUCGUCGAUUUGUCUGUUUG